AUGUGCUCUCACGGUUGUCUGAACACGAAUUCAAAAAUUUCACACCAUUUGUGUUCAAAAACAUCAUUCCUACCCCAUAGAUUGGAUCAAUUUUUCAUUCACGUUAGCAAUUCAAUGUAUAAUUUAGUUACUAGGUUGCAGACGGUUUCUAACCAAGCCUUAUCAGCCACCGCAGUGGUGUCUGGAAUAAUCAUCGUCUUGACUUUGAUCCAACUCGUCAUCUCUAAUGUUUGGUCAAUCGACACUACUAGUAUACAAAAUAUAAAGCCCCUGGCUCUGAUUAGAAAUUCUUUCAACUACGGGUCUGUAAAUAGAAAACCAAAGGAAAACUCCAAAUUAUCAUUUGAUUUGGAUGCAGAUUUGAGUCCAUUGUUUAAUUGGAACACAAAGCAAGUCUUUGUCUACUUAACUGCUGAGUACCCAGGGAAAAGUAGCGGAUCUCUGAAUAAGGUCACUUACUGGGACAAGAUCAUUAAGUCCAAAGACGAAGCUAAGUUACAUUUGGCUAACCAAAAGUCCAAAUAUUCAGUGUGGGAUGUUGAAAAGUCGUUCCGCGGUAGAGAUGCUAUCUUGAAAUUAGAGUGGAACAUACAACCUCAUGUUGGUCCAUUGAUCUUUGGAGAAACGACUACUACGGGGACAUUUACCUUUGCUGACCCUCCAAAGAAAUCGUAG